AUGGGGCUGGUGCGGUGCCUGGCAGCUGCCUUCCUCCUCCUCCUCCUCCCAGACCCACUGCCGUUUUCGGUGUGCAGCCCUCGGGUAGCGUAUACCCCUGCAAACACCGCAUGUGCCGACUGUUUGCUGGCAGGUUUGAGCACUGGCCAACGGGUGGUGACUGUUCAGAAGGGGCCCCUCUACCGCGUGAGGGGGUCCCACGUCACGCUGUGGUGCAAGGUGAGCGGCUACCAGGGCCCGGCAGAGCAGAACUUCCAGUGGUCCAUCUACUUGCCCUCGGCCCCUGAGCGAGAGGUGCAGAUCGUCAGCACCGUCGACCCCUCCUUCCCCUACGCCAUCUACACCCAGCGCGUGCGCAGCCGGGGGAUCUACGUGGAGCGGGUGCAGGGGGACGCCGUCCUGCUGCACAUCACGGAGCUGCAGGACCGGGACGCUGGGGAGUACGAGUGCCACACGCCCAAUACCGACGAGAGGUACUUUGGGAGUUACAGCGCCAAGAUGAACCUCUCAGUGAUCGCAGACACCCUCUCGGCUUCCAUGGUGCCCCAGGUCCUCACCCCCGCUGAAGGGGACGUGGUAGAGCUCGCCUGCGAGGUGUCCAAGUCCACCGCCCAGCACACGCAUCUCUCUGUUGGCUGGUACCAUCUUCAGGGAGCAGGAGAGAGCCGUGCCGAGGAGGUCCUCACCCUCUCCAAGGACUUCGUCUUGAGGCCGGGGCCCUCAUACAUGCAGAGAUUUCUGGCGGGGGACGUGCGGCUGAACAAGGUUGGGAACACCACAUACAAGCUCUUCAUUGGGGGAGCCAAGCUGUCUGACCGGGGUCAGCUGUACUGUGAGGCGGCCGAGUGGAUUGAGGAUCCCGAUGAGACGUGGAAGGACAUCUCCCGCAAGGAAACAGGGAGGACGUCGCUGGUGGUCAUGAGCCAGGGCAGAGACCUCUCUGUGGACAUCGCUGCUGCUGAAACCUCCCUUUCUGAAGGUGAUACCUUGCAGCUAAAUUGCAUGGUGGGAGCCCAGAAGAGCAGCAGCAGGCACUUCCAAGUGCUUUGGCUCCUCAACGGCGUAGGAGUGGCCAGGGUUGACCCCCGUGGGGUAUUGAUUUGGGAGGAAGAAUAUGAGGAGAGAGCCAAGCUGGGGCAGCUCCGAGCAUUCAAGCAAAGCAACAUGGUUUAUGUCCUCACCGUCUACGAGGUGGGGCUGAAGGACAACGGAACGUACCACUGCUCUGUUUCGGAGGUGAAGACUCCUGGAGACUUUCACGCCAUCCAAACCAAUCUGUCAUCAGGCAUCCAAGUCGAUGUGAAGCCGAUAGAGAGCCGCAUGCGCCUGUCCGUGUCCACCAGCACACCGCAGGUCAUGGCAGGAGAUGCCUUGAUCCUCCUUUGCAAGGUGCAAGGAGUGACCAGCCCCGUGUCCGUGCAGUGGUGGCACCUGCCACCGCGGCACCCGGGUCCCCGGGUGCCAGUGGCCACCAUGGAGCAGGACGGAACCCUCAGCCUGGGCAGCACCUACCGGGACGGCGGGACUCGGGGGAGCCUCCGGCUGGAGAAAGCGAGCUCUGGCACUUUCACCCUGGUGAUCCCCAACACGCUGGACGAGGGCGACGGCGGGCGGUAUGGGUGCGAAGCGACGGAGUGGUCCCGAGGCCAGAGCUGGACAGAGGAGGGGGAGACAGCAGUGACAGUCAGCUCCAUGGGUGAGUUGGGCCACCCCUAUUUCUGGGCUUUCAAGCUGGACAUGCUGGAGGCAAGGCUAGAGAAGCGGGUGGACACAUGUCUCGGUCUGCACGCCACACUGAGAAGCCGAAUUGCCACCGUCACAUAUGGGCAGAGUUUUGAACUCGUCUGCCAAGUGAGCGCCAGCUACACCCUCGAGGAGGUGCCGAUGUCUGUGGCGUGGCUUUUCCAGACCAGCCCACCCACCGGCCACUACCAUGAGCUGCCGGUGACCACCGCCAGGUCCAAUGCCGUGGGGAUAAAGGUGGUUCUGCCAGAAAGCAGGCUUCAGGUAUCUACGAAAGAGAGCUCUGUGGAGAUUGCCGGCGGUGCUGACACAGCCAUUGAGUGCAGGAUCGUGUUUGCCCAGAAUAAUUCCCAGUUUUCCAUUACCUGGUACCUCCUACCUCCUUCUCCGGCAAAUGCAACGCCCCUGAAAAUCGUAAGGCUCAACUACAGCAGCAUACUGGAAUACGGGGCUGAGUUCAGCUCUCCUGCACAGAAGUCCCGGUUCCUGAGCCAGAGGGUGUCCAGCAAUGUUUUCUGGCUGCGGAUACUCUCUGCGAACCCCAGGGACCAGGGCAGGUACUACUGUGUGGUAGAGGAAUGGCGCUGGCUGGGGGACAGCUGGUACAAACUUGGAGAAGGAGCUUCGGGAAGGACCACGCUGGAGUUCAAGCUCCCAGAGCGCGAACUGCACCUGGAGAAAACCAACAGCAGCGUCUUGGCGAGGGAGGGUGAGGAGGUGACACUGCACUGCCUGCUGCGGGGUGCCCGCCCGCCCGCCGCCUGCCUUUCGGCCACCUGGUUUCGGGGGGAGGAGAGUGGCCGCCCUAGGCCCCUGCUCACCCUCCACCGCGAUGGUGCCAUCGAGUACCCCCGGGAGAGCCAGGAUACCUCCCUAGUACUACAGAGGCAUUCAUGUAGUGGAGACUUCGCCCUGUUUUCCUACGGGAGAGUAAAUGCUGCUUCCGUGUAUAUGGAUGGGGCGCAGAGCUUCAGAGAGUCAACUGUUUUUUCUAGGAUCUGCUCAUCUCCACCACUGCUGAACUUCAUCUUAUACUUACCGCUGGUUCUGAUCCUUCUCCUGGCCCUUGCUGGCUUCUGCUGGUACUUCAGAUUAAGAAAAAGCAAAAAGGGCGAUGUCACAGGAGACCAGCUGAUGGAACUGCAUGGGGCUGAAGAGGUCAAGCAAACCUAG